AUGCGCAAUCGUAGUGUAAGCCGAUUUUGGUUAUGGAUAUAUUUCGUCUUAAUUGAUGUUUUUUUUUUUUUAUUUUUUAUCACGUUAUAAGGUAUCGAGAUUAAACGUAAAAGCAAUUGAUCGAAGAAGAUGGCCUUUUUACCGAAUUUAACCAACAUGUCUCUUUUACAACAACCUUCGUUGCGUCGUUAUAUACAUGUAUGCACAGCCCUUAAUAAAGUGCAAUCUGGUCGUUAUAAACCAACGCCAAAGAGAACUCUUCGUUUAACAUAUGAAAUGGCUAAUCCGCCUCAUUACAUUGCUCACAGAAAAUCAUGGAAUUCUUGGAAUACAUCAAAUAUAGUAGAUGGCAACAGACCGGCGGAGACUGCAUUGGAAGAUAUAUUUAUUAGACGUUUCGUGACAGGAACGUGGCACAAUUUAUUUAUAUCUGAAAUAAUAAUUAAAAGGCAACAUAAUUUGGUUAGGAUUGCUGGUAUUAUUCAACGUAGUAUACAUCCUAGUAAGAUAUACUUUCUGACCGGUUACACUGAAGAAGUUUUGAGUCGUUGGCUACAAUCCCCUGUGAAAAUGGAAAUAGUAACGGCGCUUAAAGACGAAACUGUAUAUAAGCGUAUUUAGAAACUAAAUAAAGUUACGAAUAACUGAUAUAAGCGUUGUAAAAAUAUGGAAUAAAAAUGUAUAUAAUAAAAGCAUAUAAAUUGUUA